AUGGAGGAGAGGAUCUCCACUGGAGAGUUUCUGAGCUUGGAUCCAAACAUCCCAGUCUGGAGGACUGACAUCACCACAGGGAAUGGAAGUGACAACACUGAAACUCAGUCCUGUUACGCUCAGAUUUUUGCCCUGAAUUCUUUGAACCUCCUCCUUGCCCUGGUGGGGUGGGGAGGAAACGCCACAGUGCUGUGGCUCUUGGGCUUCAACGUGGGCAGGAACCCUUUCACAGUCUACAUCCUCAACCUGGCCGGCGCCGACCUCCUCUUCCUCUGUUUUCGCAUUAUGUACUCAAGUAUAAUCGUCAUGUCUUCACACACUACCUUCACUUUCAUUCCUAUGUUCUUCCAUGAUAUAUCCAACUUUGCUUACCUUGCAGGCCUGAGCCUGCUCAGCGCCAUCAGCACUGAGCGCUGCCUGUCUGUCCUGUGGCCCAUCUGGUACCGCUGCCACCGCCCCAGACACACGUCAGCUACAGUGUGUGGCCUGCUCUGGGCAGUGUCCCUGGUGUUCAGUCUCCUGGAGGGGAAUGCAUGUGGCCACCUGUAUAAGGCUUAUGACCAUGAUCGGUGUCAGGCAUUUAGUUCAGUCACCACUGUGUGGGUGAUUGUUUCAUUUGUGGUUCUUUGUGGGUCCAGCCUGGCGCUGCUGCUCAGGAUUGUCUGUGGCUCACGACAGUGGCCUGUGUCCAGACUGUAUGUGACUAUUAUGCUGACAGUGCUGGUCUUUCUGCUGUUUGGUCUGCCAUUGGGGACCCAAUGGUUCCCCAUUAUAUGGAUUAAUAUUUAUUAUGGCCACCCUUGUUGUCCUUACCUGGUGACAGUGGUCCUGUCCUGUGUUAACAGCUGUGCCAACCCCAUCAUUUACUUCUUCGUUGGCUCCUUUAGGCAUUGCAGAUUCCAGCGCAGGACUCUCAAACUGAUUCUGCAGAGGGCCAUGCAGGACACUCCUGAGGACAGAGAGUGUAGACACAGGGGCUCUUCAGGAGACCCCAGAGAGCUGGAGACUGUCUCCUCCAGAAGCUGA